AUGGAUUUUCGGAACGUAAAUCCAUUAAAUGUUAAAUUAAAUAGAUUCUCAGGCAACUUGUUACCAAUGACUAGCGACGAUUCUCUAUUUCCUGUAGCAUGGAGAAUAUAUAGUGCUAUUAUAUGGUUGAUCGAAAUGAUUCAAACUAGCACAGUAGUUACCGGAAUCUUGAUUGUGCCAAGAAAUAAGACUUUGCAGGAUGCGAUGGUUGGCUUAGUUGUCACUAUAGAGGUAUUUUUCUUAUUAAGGCAAAUGCAUGUGCACAGAGACCUUGUAACUCAAUUGAUUCAAAAGCUGAAUGAAAUUCUGUGUUCUGAGGAUAAGACGAUGAAAAUCAUCGUGAAGUCAACCUUGAAGCCAGUAGAGAUUCCGCUGAAAUUUUACUGUAUUGUUGGUACUGGAUCUAUAUUUGUGUGGUGUUGCACAUCUUUCACGGUAAUCUUCAAGAAAAAUUAUUUUCUCUAUGAAGAUUACAGACUCCCAAUAGUUCUUUCAAAGCAACCAUUUUCGAUGGAAAUGUUUCUGUUGGGAAACUGCAUUGCAACUAUUGCCAGCGUGUAUAUGUUUGUAAAGAAAGUUGCCUUAGAUGUCUAUAUGAUAAAUCUCGUCUUGCUAGUAACAGCACAAUAUCGCUAUAUUGCUAUGAAGCUCACAACAAUAUUUCGAGAGAAUGUUCCACAGAAUCAGAAUAAUGAAUCCGAAAAGAAAUAUUCUAUUGUAGAUUCUUUGGCGAUCCUGAUAAAGAUGAAAGCGUUAUGUCGACAUCACAACGCUGUGGUUCAGUAA